CGUGCUUCCAUCCAGAUUGUCACCACCAGGUCCUGUCACUUCCCCAUGCGUCCGUUAUCGCGGGCCUAGAUCCCAGUCUUCUCCAAUGGCUUCUCCCAUUGGCUCAGAUAGCUAGCACCUCGUACUCUAACAUCCGACGACAUACAGCAGAUGAUACCCUGCUAGGAUACAUUUCCUGGUUCGCGUGGGCGGAUGUCACAUUGCGGAAAAUAGAGGCGGGUUGAUACCAUGAAAGGCAUACGCUCAAUCCUGUACCGCGACAGGAGCCCACACACAACAUGGAUCCAGUCCGCACAAUCCAAUGCAGGCGCAGAGGAGUGUAUAGAGGGUAUAUCACCAUCGAAGUCGCCUGGUCCAGAGCCGCAAGCAGGCGCCAAAGCCUCCAUGAUCUGGACGCGGAAGAAGGUGGUAUGGCUGGUUAUCCUGGUUUCUCUUGGUGUAGCCAUUAUCGUCGUGGUGAUCACUGUGCCGGUAGUCCUCCUGGUCGAUAAAAAAUCGAACGACGAUCCCAGCUACCACAAUAAAGCAAAUCGCCCAAUCCGCGUCGUGGAUGAUUUUCCCGAUCCUGGCCUGGUCCAUGUGAACGGCACGUGGUACGCAUAUGGUACAAACGCCGCAGCCGAUAAUCCCAACGUCGCCCAUGUCCCAGUGGCUACCUCGAAGAACUUCACCACUUGGUCCCUACUGCAGGGAUACGACGUCCUACCGACCCUCAGCGGUUGGGAAACCAACAUCAACCACUACGCUCCGGAUGUGAUUCAACGGGAAGACGGCCGAUUCGUCCUCUACUACUCUGGCGAACUGAAAGACUGGCUACGCCACCACUGUGUCGGCGCCGCAGUCUCAAACGGAACAAACCCCCUGGGACCGUACGUGCCGCGCAACCAAACUCUCGCAUGUCCCCGAGACCAAGGCGGCGCGCUCGACCCAGCCCCAUUUAAAGACGUCGAUGGAACACUUUACGUGGUCUACAAAGCGGACGCCAACAGCAUCGGACACGGAGGGGACUGCAACAACGGCAAGAAGCCAAUCUUAUCAACGCCAAUCAUGCUCCAGCAGCUCCAGAGCGACGGAGUUACUCCCGUUGGUGACCCGGUUGAAAUCCUGACCAACGAAAAGGUCGACGGGCCUUUGGUUGAAGCUCCAGAUAUCAUCCGAACCGACCAGGGCGUCUACUAUCUGUUCUUCUCGUCCCACUGCUACACCUCGCCCGAGUAUGACGUGAAGUAUGCCUAUUCGACAUCUCUCAGUGGUCCAUACAUACGGGCUGAGCGGGCUUUGUUUAAAUCGGGAGACUUUGGACUCAAGUCUCCUGGGGGAGCGACUGCUUCUGUUGAUGGAACGAGGAUGGUCUUUCAUGCUAAUUGUGGGGAUGAAAGGUGCUUGUAUGCGGCUGCCAUUGAUAUUAGCAUCAAUCAUACUAUCACCCCGGCUGCGCUUUGAUCAGGAACAUAGAUGUUAUAGCUCUCAUCUUUAGUAGUAUCAUAGAUCCGGUUCUGU